AAAAGAUAUUGGACAUUUCACCGCCCGCCUGAAACUCAGCACGCUCAUGUUCGAGCGCUCCCAGUGGUUCUGUGUGCGGAAGCCGUCUCCAGCCGUUUCCAUCUCUGGAAACUACAAGUCAGCUGUUAGGAAGCUGAGAGUGUUUAUCCCUGAAUUAGCUGGAUGGCAAGCGUCGUCGGUGAUUAGAGUGUCUUUAUUUACUCUCCUGGCGUUGUUUCUGGAAACAACUGAGCGGCUGUUCAACGGUUUGGAACUUGAAAUCUGCAAGAGACUGUGAAGAUGAAGCCUGUGUUUCUUCUCGAGGCUUUCUCUUUGGCUUGUUUUGUGCUCUUAAGCCAAGUGACAGCUAAGAAUUCUGAAGACAUCCGUUGUAAAUGCAUCUGUCCACCGUACAGAGACAUCGAGGGCCAAAUCUACAAGCAAAAUGUUUCUCUCAAAGACUGUAACUGCCUCCAUGUAGUUGAACCCAUGCCGGUUGAUGGAAAAGACGUGGAGGCGUACUGUUUACGAUGCGAGUGUAAAUAUGAAGAAAGGAGCUCGGGGACCAUUAAGGUCACCAUCAUAAUGUACCUCUCCAUUUUGGGCCUGCUGCUGCUCUACAUGGUCUACCUGACUCUCCUGGAGCCCAUUUUGAAGAGGCGUCUGUUUGGACACUCGCAGCUUAUCCAAAGUGAUGAUGAUGUCGGGGAUCAGCAGCCUUUUGCCAACGCUCACAAUGUUCUGUCCCGUUCACACUCUCGACCCAACAUGCUCAACAAAGUGGAGCAUGCCCAGCAGCGCUGGAGGAGGCAGGUCCAGGAACAGAGGAAGUCUGUGUUCGACCGCCAUGUUGUUCUCAGUUAAAGUGCCCUGCGAGCAAGAGUUUCUGGUCGAGCAAAACAAAAACAAAAAUGAAACAAACAAAAAAAAAAACACUGUGACAGAGCCCUCAGUUUAUAUCACUUCCUUUCUCUCAUUUGUGGUUUGUAUGUGAUCAAAUGUGACCCUUCCGAGGUGAACGUGGCGAACAAAUCUAGAUCUGGGAAGCCAGAGUCCAAACUGGGAGCUCUUAUUUAGUCCGCACGCAGCGCAAGAGAUUAAAGUGAAUUCAGUUUUGCACAAUCCUGAUUGAACAGCCUUAAAAGGCAUUUCCAAAAGCUGAUUUUAAUCUCUGCCUGCUGUCAGGUUUGCAGAUUUGCCAAGUCACCAUCGAAUUUGCAAUGAAAAUUUUGAUGGAAGAGACUAAUAUAGCUGGAAAUACAUCUUUCAUGUGAACAUUUUCUAAUAUCCCAUCAGUCUUCCUGGCCACAGCGCCAGGUGGUGUCCCAUCAGCCCAAAGCCGACCAGUCUUUAACAACUUAACAAGGCUAACUGGCUUUCAUCGGAAAACAUUCAGAUGUUGGUUGGUGCCACUCACUGUGGCUGGAUAACUUGCCCCAGUAAUGACCUGUUAACAUGUAGCUGGUGGGCUUUUUCCACCCAGAUACUAAUAUAACUUUGAAGUACUGCUCUCAUCACAGUGAAAAGGAAUCAAUGUAACAUACAAAUCUUUGAGCCUUCUUUGAAAAUGCAUGUUUUAUAACACAUCUUUUAUAAAUGUGCUUUCAUCCUUCAUCCCUACCAUCAUACUCAAUGCCUGAUAUAACUGGUAUUACAUUAAGUUUGGUAUUUGAAAGUAGUUUCACUGAACCUCGUUACUGAGCCUGAUGCAUUUUCUUGGUGAUGUCUUAGUAAUCGUAGCUGUGCUAUUGAUCCUUGUGUGUUGAAGACCCUGUUGAAAUCAGCGGCCGCUUCAACUGCCUAAAAACUAAAUCUCUCGUCUUUUAUUCCGUGUGCUCAGUCUAACAUCGGUUCCGCUAAGAAGGUCCUUGUUGCCUAACGGGCAGCUUUAGUAUAACAGAACGGUGUUACUCUGAGGUCAAAGAUGUUUAUUUUGUGUAUGUUGGGGCCGUGGACAAAGAGCCACUUUUGGGAGAUUUCGGAAAGUGUUCUUAACCAUUGUAUAAGUGAUACUUUAACUUUGAAAUAAAUUAAUGUAAUAUUUGUGA